GCUCUCUCUCUCUCUGUAAAUGCCUGUCUCUCUUCUUUCUCUCUCUCUCCUCCUCCUUUUUCGCUCCCUCCCUUAGUCUCUCUUUAUCUCUCUCUUCCCCUGCGGCAGGAAAUGAAGAAUGAGGGGAGGCCAGCUCCAAACACUGGGAAAAUCCCAGGAUGAGAGCUCGUGGCAGAGACAUAUCUCCAUGGCACCCUUAAGCAGAAAGAGAAACGCCCAGCUCUGCAAACUCAGUUUCAGUUUCCAAACGUCAAGGGAGCAAGGCGGAGCUGCAGAAGGCCUGGCUACUGAGCUUAACGUGCCCAGGGAGGGAGUAGCAGUGGCUGCUGGGGGAAAUCCUGGACCUCUCUGCACUCCAAGAGAGGAGGAUAAAGCCUUCUCUAUUCCCACACUUUUUUUUUCCUGUCUCUUCGACCUUUUGCCUGCGAGAGAAAGGCUAGAGCGUGUCUCUUUAUUUUAAAGGGCUGGGCAGAGCAGAGAGGAUUGAUUCCAAGGCACAGCCUGAUUCUGCCAAGAUGGAGCACCUCCAGAACCUGUAUGAGACUCCUGCAGACCGGCUAGAUGCCUUCGUGAGCCACAGCCUUCAGCCCCAGGGGGACUGGAAGGAGGAAGUGCAGGAUGCCUGGCAGAGAAUCGAACGGUUUCUGCGGGAUCAGUGCUUCCGUGAUGAGUUGGUUCUGGACCAAGAAGUCAGGGUGCUGAAGGUGGUGAAGGGUGGCUCCUCAGGGAAGGGGACGACGUUGAACUACAGCUCCGACGUGGACAUGGUCCUGUUCUUGAGCUGCUUCUCCAGCUUUCAAAACCUGGCCCAGCUCCGAAAAGACAUCAUCCACUUCAUCCAGGAGAAAUUGGAUCACCGUAGUAGGAGUCUGGCCUACAAUAUAUCACUGGUCCAGCCCAGAGAGAGGGCCAGGGCUCCUCGUUCCCUGUCCUUCCGGGUCCAGUCCAGGAAAAGCAGCGAAGCCAUUUGGGUGGAUGUGCUCCCAGCUUUCAAUGCUCUGGGAUCCUUUUGCCCAGACACUAAACCAUCACCGGAAGUCUAUGAAGACUUAAUAACCAGUGCCGGCCAACCUGGGGAGUUCUCAUCAAGCUUCACAGAGCUACAGAAGCACUUUGUAAAAAGCUGCCCUACUAAGCUGAAGAGUCUCCUGCGCCUGGUGAAGCACUGGUACCUGCAGCACUUGAAGCCUAAAUAUCGAAAAGUACAAUUGCCUUCAAAAUAUGCACUGGAGCUACUGACCAUCUACGCCUGGGAAAUGGGUACAGAUGAAAGUGAGAACUUCGACAUGGAUGAAGGGUUUGUGGCUGUGAUGAAACUCCUCAGAGAUCAUGAAGACAUCUGUAUAUACUGGACCAAGUACUAUGAUUUCCAAAAUGAGAUUGUCAGAAACUAUCUCAAACAAAAGUUGAAGGAAUGCAGACCCAUCAUCCUGGACCCAGCUGACCCGACCAACAAUCUAGGAAAGGGGAAGAGAUGGGACUUAGUGGCCAAAGAAGCUGUUCACUGCCUACGGCAGCCCUGCUGUGACAUUGAAGACCCCGGCCAGGGCUGGCACAUACAGCCAGCAAGAGACGUUCAGGUGACAGUGAAAAAGAGUGGGGAAGAGGCCCAGACACUCUCUGUGAACCCUUACAGCCCCAUUUGGAAGAUGAAAAAAGAGAUUAAGAACAUGUUUUUCCUCAACGGGCACCAGCGCCUUUCCUUCCAGGAGCCUGGUGGGAAGCGGCAACCACUUAGCAGCCAGAAGACCCUAGCUGAUUAUGGCAUCUUCUCUAAGGUGGGCAUCCGGGUUCUGGAAACCUUCCCGCCUGAGAUCCAGAUCUUUGUGAAGGAACCUAGUGGCCAAAACAGGCCUUAUGCCGUCCACCCUGAUGGCCUCAUCUGGCACUUGAAAACAAAUAUUGAAGCAGCUGGAGGGCCUUGCCUGGAGGAUCAGAUAUUAAAGUUCCAAGGUCGGAACCUGCGGAAUCAUCUCAGCCUCAGAGACUUGCAGAUCAAGGACUGUGACACCAUCACCCUAAUUAGGAGAGGCUGACAAGUGCCUGCAAGUCCCCAGGGGUGGCCGUGACAGGGUUGCCUAUGAUCUAGACUCCUAAUGAUCCUAUCUCCCCAUCCCACCCCUUCUACCCUGACCACUGUGAUCUUUUGAAGCAUAAAUAUGAAUGUACCCCUCCCCUGUUUAAAAUCCUCCAAUGGCUCCCCAUUACCUACAGAAUAAAGUUCAAGUCCCUUUACUUGGCAUUCAGAGUCCUUGACAAUCUAGCCCUUGCUUAUAUCUCUACAGCCCCUCACACUCUCAAAACACAUCCUAUGCUCCAGGCAUACCAAAAUACUUGCAAUUCCCCGAACACAGAAUGCUGAUUCACAGCUCCACGACUUUGAGUCAACUCUGUUUUACUCCCAUGAGUUCAUUUCUCAACACUCAAACCUCUAAGUCAGAGGUUAUCUAAUCCCCUCAAUACUAUUGUUCACAUCAAAUAACUUUAUCCCUUUGGCCACAGCUGAUAGGACCAGGGAUGGCCACCCGACUCAGGAUAGAAUUGACUCAUUAGGCUAUAAACCAAUCAUGUUUUCAGUCCUGGAGAUGGGGAAGUAUUGUUUCUGGAGCAUUUACUGUGUUUCAGGAAUAGUACAGAGUCAUUGGCAAGCAAUUUAUUCUCACAACAAGCUUAAAUUGAUACCAUAGCCCCCAUUUCACAGAUGAGGAAAUGGAAGCUCAGACAGGUAAAGGGUCUUGGUCAAGGUCACACAGCUAAUAAUUAGCACAGCUGAGACUCAAGAUAGUGUACAUCUGACCAGAGCCAGUGGUCUUAACCAAUAGGUGAUGCUGCCUCCCUUAAUGGCCCACAGCUCCCCCUUGCUUACUCUAGUAGCCUAAACCCCAAUACUCAACUCUAUACUCAACAGCAUGCAAUGCCCCAAAUGUAUCAUACUGUUUCUUGCCUCUGAGCCCUUGCACGUGUUGUUCCUUCUGCUUAUCAUGCCUUUCCUAGAUCUACCUCUUCCUAGCAGUGGGUCCUUGGACCAGUCACUCAGUUUCAUUGACCUCAACUUCCUCAUGUAAAAGAGGGGAAACACAUUGAUUGUAAUGCUUACCUCACAAGGUCACUGUGAAGAUGUGAUAAUGGUUGUGAAGGCAUUUUAUAAACUGUAAAAUCCUGCACUGACUUGAGCUAAAAUGGUACAAAACGAUGAUGCCUGGGGGCUAAUACAGGAAGGGGACUUAAAAGAUAGAAAUAGCUGCUGGGUUUAACCGGUAGAUGCGGUUUUGUUCUAGUUUCUAGUGAGAGAGAUAGGCUCCAGAAAAGCACAGAUGAACAAUAUAGAGCGAAAUUACGAUCAUGGAUAUGAAAGAAACAAAUUGAGAAGGGGAGAGUUGAAGGGACUUGGAUCAUCUGAACCCUGGAGAAAGGAAAGAGUUUGACAUGUACGAGAACUGACAGAAUGGAUUUCAGAAAGGGGGCAAGAGCAGAGACCCACUUUAGAAAGCUGUUGUAGUCAUCCAAGUAAGGAGAUGAUGAUGGUUUGGGCUAGGGGUAGGAGUGGGGGUGGAAGAAUUGGAUGGAGUCAAGGCCCACCAGGAUAGCGGGUGAAUAGAAUGUGCGAUGUGAGACUUAAGAUCGGAUGUAGCUUUAUUCCAUGGUGUCCCAGACAUUACAAGAAGAAAACUCCUGAGAUCCGCGAGCCCAACUAAGCUCUGUUUUGCCAGAAUGAAAGGAGAUAAAUUAUGAUGAUGAUCAGGUAAGGGAUAGUUUGCCUACCUUUAAACAAGGUUCACAGCUCUUGGAUUUCUGGGGGCUUCUGGGAAACAGGCUAAUAUAAGGUAACAUGAGCUCAGCAUCACUGGGGAAUACCAGGAGGAAACCAAUGAAUUUGAUCUAACUCCAACAAGAGAUUCAGAGAACGAAAACUUAGGGUUUCAAGGGAGAAAGAACCUUGAACUACUGACCCUUCCAUUUCUUCUCCACCCUGGAUUCACUUCUUUUUCUAUCCAACCUAGAACCCAAGGUCAAGCCUGCCAGUUCCUCUCUGUUCAAUGCCUUCAACUUUCCUGACCAUUGUCCUUACAGUCCAUUCAAUCUUGCAUCAUCAGGGAUCUUUUGGGUUGCAAGUAAAAGAGACCCAAUUAAAUUAGUUUAAGCAAAAAUAAGUAGAAUGUAAUGGCCCAUAGCCCAUCUGUCAGUGUGUCAUACAUACUGCAGUGGCUUAAGUGUCAUUGUGGUGCUGGAAACUAUCCCACCAGUAUUGCAAAAAGCAGGGUCACCUAUGCUGGACAGUUUCCAGCAAUUAAGAAAAAAGACUAGGAAGAAAGUCCUGGGGAUCUAUUUCCAAAAAUCAGCCAAUAAAACCCUAUGGACCACAACAGAAUAUUGUCCAAUAUAGUGCUGGAAGAUGAGCCUCCUAGGUUGGAAGAAACUACACAAAAGUGGCAACAAGUGACUCAAACAUACCCAUAAUCCUGAAAAUGAUGCAGGACCAGGAAACAAUUUGUUCUGUUAUAAAUAAGGUCGUCAUGAGUUGGAGCCAACAGCAAUGACAACGACUCAUAAGAGUCCAGGAGUUUCCAGCUUUAGGCACAGCUGCAUCAAAGAACUCUAACGAUGCCAGAGAGUGUGUCAGCUACCUUACACUGCAUGACAAACCAACUGAAAACACCCAUUUAUUUGUUCAUGCCUCUGUGGGUUGGCUGAGCAGUUUUUCUGGUCUGAACUGGCUCACCUGAAGCUGAAGGACUUUAGCAACCUAACUCACAUGUCUGGCAAUUGGCCGGAUAUCAGCUGGAAAAACAGGAAUGCCUUGACUAUGUGUUUCUCUUUUUAAGCCUCUGCAUAUAUCACAUUUGCUAAUGUCCUGUUGGUCAAAACGAGGCACAUGGCCAAGCCCUGAUCAAGGGACAGAAAAUAGGCACCACCUCUUUUGUUGUUGUUGUUGCUGUUGAGAAUAUACACAGCAGAACUGACACCAAUUCAACAAUUUCUCCGUGUACAAUUCAGUGACAUUGAUUACAUUCUUCAAGUUGUGCAACCAUUCUCAUCCUUCUUUUACAAACUGUUCCUCUCCUGUUAACAUAAACUCACUGCCCCCUAAGGUUCCUAUCUAAUCUUUUCAGUUGCUGUUGUCAGUUUGAUCUCAAAACAGCACAAUGCUCAAGGCAGACAUUCUUUACCAAUUAUUGUUUGGUUUUAAAAAGACUUCAGGAGAUAUUUUUAGUUUAAGGUUUAAAGACUAUCUCAGGACAAGAGUGUCAGAGGUUCAUUUAGCCUCCAUGGCUCCAGAGAUCCUGAAUUCCAUGAGAGUUUGAAAUUCUAUUCUGCAUUUUCCCCCUUUUGAUCAGAAUUUUUCUAUAGAAUCUUUGAUCAAAAUUUUCAGUAAUGGCAGCGGGGCACCAUCCGUUUCUUCUGGUCUCGUGACAGAAGAGGCAGUUGUUUGUGGAGGCAACUAGCCACACAUUCCAUCCCCUCCUCCUAUUCCUGACUCUCCUUCUUCCUCUGUUGCUCCAGGCAAAUAGUGACUAAUUAUUAUACCUUGGUACACACCGCCUCUUGAUAGAAGAAGCUGCAAAGUCACAUUGCAAAGGGGUGUGCAGUCAGGGAUGGGAAGAAUUUGAGAUCCUUGCUUUAGAUUUUCUCAGAUAAUGUCUCUCCACAUGGCAGGGGAAACGGCACCGCUUUCUGCUGGGGCCUUCUCAGGUACGCCUUUCCUAACCACCUUAUUUAACACUGAACGCCUAAACACCACAAACACCCUCACGUCCGCAUACCGCAUACAUGGUACCGCUUAACUCCUUUUCCUGCUUUCUUUUUCUCCUCAGCACUUAUCACCAUCAUAUCUACUACAAUUUUACUUAUUUAUCUUAUUUAUUGUCUGUCUCCACUAUUAGAACGUAAACACCCUGCAAGAAGAGAUUUUUGUGUAUCUCAUUUAUUACUAUAUCAUCAGCACCUGGCUGGCACAUAGUAUGCCUUCAAUAAACAUUUGUUGAAUGAACGAAUGGCACCCUAAGAUCUGACCCUGCCACCUGUCCGGAUGCAUAUUUCACCUCACCCCUCCUCACCCUCCAUGAUGAAGUCGUAUUUGACAACUGAGUCCCUGGCACACACCCAGAUCGUUCACACUUCUAGGUCUUUACCCAGCUGUGCUCCCUUCUCCUGGCCAGGUCCCCAUUCUUUAAGACUCAUCUGCACUAGGUAUCCACUGACAACACCUGUGACUCAAAAGAAACUCUUCUGCCCAGCUUUCCAUUAGGUUUCCAUACCCUUUAUUCUACCCAAGCGCAUAUCACACUGGGCUCUCAGAAUCUCGUUUCUCAUCUCUCUCUCCCUCUGCUUUGGGAGUUCCUUGGGGCAGGACCCACAUUUUAUUUGUAUCUUCCUAGCACAGUGCCUGGCACCUAGCAGGCACAUGAUAUAUGUUCAGUGAAUAAAUAAUAAUACUUGUACUUCCUGUGUGUUUACUCUGCUCAGUGUUCUGCAUGCAUUAUCAUGCUUAAUCCGCACAACCCUAAAGGGUGGGUAUUAUUAUUAAAUUCAUUUUAUGGAUAAAGAGAGGUUAAGAGUCUGGUAAAAAAUAAUCAUUAAAUGCAUAAAUGCAAGAGAUGCUUGUAUACCAGUGUUCACUGCAGCACUACUCACAAUAGCCCAAAAUGGAAGCAACCUAUAUGUCCAUCAACAGAUGAAUGGAUAAACAAAACAUGGCACGUACAUACUAUGGAGUAUUACUCAACCAUAAAGAGGAACGGAGUCCUGAUACAGGCUAUGACAUGAAUGAACCUUGAAAAUACCAUGCUGAGUGAAAUAAAUCAGUCACAAAAGGACAAAUAUUGUAUGGUCCCACCUAUCUGAAAUAUCUAGAACAGGCAAGUGUAUAGAAAUCAAAGUUUAU